GGCUGUCACCGCCUAUUUCAUCUGCUCCCUUCACUAAGGAUAGGGAAAGCUGGGGCGGGCCUGGAAACACAACCGUGGACGGCAGAUAAUUUGGCUAUGUAUUGUACAAGUGCGCAAUACAAUACCUCCUUGACGAUUCAUAAUUCUACUUCGACAUUCCGCAUCGACUUCCCCGGGCCCAAAGCCAACUGGCGACGACGGGAAGUCUUGGACUCUUGGGUGGGGUCAUCUUUUCUGCAAGCGUGCUUGCCGGUUGGGACAGGCGGAUCGAGACUUCAGCCUCAUCGUCCUGCUCGGACAAUACACAUAGGCGGUCUGCACUAUAAGGGCGUUCCCUGCUCCGGCCUGCCUUGGUCCUGCAGCGACCCUGUCUCUCCGACGUUUGGUUUCUCACGGAUCCCCUCUCUUUGGAGCUUCCAACAGAUAUGUGCCCUUGUGGCCUCUCUCCGUUCUCAGGAAAGCGGCCAUAGAGUAAUGGAGGCUUAUGCAGGUUACAUCGACGACCAAGACCAAUCCUGCCGCCUGCAAGGACGGCAAGUAGCGUCUUGCCGAGAGCAAUCAAGAGCCUGCAUUGCGAUUUUUCAAGCGAAUGGCCAGGCGCAACAAUUCCCAGGCAGAGGCCUCUCGCUGCUUUUUUAUUGUCCAGUCCCCGUCGUUUCCGCCAAAGACGUCUCCUUUCUAAAUGGCCGGCCAAGCAGGCGAAGAAUACUCCUCUGCCGCAUGUCUUCGCACAACAUGGGGGCCAACGAUGUCAUCGACUUUGGGUUGCACAGAGAAGCAAGCGGUGAGGUUCUUCCGCCCGACUACUGCUACAUGGCAGCGGAAGCCCCGCCAAAUGCAGUCAGGUCACCUGCUAUGCUCAAAAGUGCGGCAGUCGUGGUUGGGCCAGCAAGUGUAUGAAUAGUACGACCUCGGGUCAGCCUCAACUGUGAGCACCAGAGAACGCUCUUGGCAUCUGGGAUCAAACACAAAUCCGAGCUACUAGUGUCCUCGGAAGCGAGGAGGGUUCUAUGGGUAGCAAACCCGAUGGAACUUUGACAGCGUCCACUCAAC